GUACUCCACUGAGGUUUGGCCAAAAGUGCGAAAAAAAAGUAAAUUUUCACAAAGCGAUAUUUUUUAAUUACCUACGUGUAAGAGGCAUUGAAACAAAAUCAGUGAUGCAUGAAUAUGUGUUUUAUCCCUUGACAAUAUGUUUGAAACCUAAAUUUUCUUCAAUAUUAUGGGAAAAGCGUUUAAACGCCUUUCAUUAGCAAAUCUCAAUGUUCCGUCUUAAAAUAACGAUCACGUGAUAUAGCACGCGGCAUGUGCGCAUGCGCAACGGAUAUCAGUUGAAUUAAAGACGUAAACAAGCAGCCAUGCCUCGACGAAGAAAAACGGCAAGUGAGAAGAAACGCACUGCACAGGCUCGCCAGCAACGUUUUUGGUCUAAACAAAUUAGCCUAGAUGAGCAAAUCGAUCGGUGGAAAGAAAUGAAAACCAUAAUUGGAGUUCCAACAGACGAUGAACUGGCAAAACACCUGAUUGAUUGUUAUUUGGAGAAGCGUGCAGGCCCAACACUUGCAGGGGUCGGAAUACUGCCCAGUCAACAGCCAACACCUACACGUUCCAUGUCGACUCCAAAGGGGAGCAGCCUGCAUGUGGCAAUUGCAAUGGAGUCUGAGCUGUCCUCAGUAACAGAGGGUAGUGAAUCAGGUGGAGAGCUGAUGUCAAAGAAGCUUGGCUUGAACCUAAGGUCAUCUGGUCAAGGGAAAAGGGCGCAACCAGGGUCGUCGGUACCAAAAGGGAAACAAGGAAUAAAAGUUGCAGAUUCUAAAGGAGCCGAGGGAGGUGUGCCAACACCAAAACAUAGGAAAAUCAGGAUUGAAUGUUCCCUGUCAGAAAGUGAGCUGGAGAGUUUAAUGGAUCCAGACUUUGACCCUGAUGAUCCAACAUACGAACCAGAAAAAUGGAACAUUUCAAUUAUUGAGUCUGACUCAGAGAGUGAUGUAAAGAUGGAUGAUUUAGAAGAGGAAGGUGUUGAAGACAAUGUAUUUGACAUCCAGACUGAGAUUGAUGAAGAUGAACCAACAGUGUUUGAUGUGAAGACAGAGGUAGAGGAAAUAAGCGCUACACCAACUUCAACAUACAUGGCAACCAAAAUGAAGCAUGUGACUAAAGACCAUGUUUUAGAAGAAAAAUACAUAACCACACAGCCAAUGAUUGAGAAGCUUUUAGACAUGGUUCCAGUGCUACCUUGUUCCUCAUGCCAAAACCCAGUAAAGAAGAUUGUGAAAACAAUUGGAUGCACUAUUGAAUGUAAAUGGUUAUGCUCUAACAGCCAUGUUCAGAGGACUUGGAGCAGCUCUGCUCUACUACAGACAGGGAUGUACAGUACAAACUUCCAAGCAAUGUCUACUAUUAUCCUGUCAGGCAACAGCUACCAGAAAAUUGCUCUUUGGGCAAAGUUUCUUGGGUUAAAAUUUCCGGGCAGAACAUCAUUUUACACUAUCCAAACAAAAUGUGUUGUUCCUGAGGUGGAGAGUUUCUGGAUCUGCAUGCGAGAUUCUUACCUAGAAGAACUAAGAGGGACAAAAAUUGUUUUAGCGGGAGAUGCGCGAAUGGAUUCACCUGGCUUUUGUGCAAAUAGUUGCACAUAUACUCAAAUAAACCAAGCUGACAAGACCAUUCUAACCUUGGAAACUGUUGACAAAAGAGAGACUAUGUUAAAGUCAACCUUGAUGGAAGCCAAAGGGUUCCAGAAGGCAAUGGGCACUCUCAUUGCAUCAGGGAUUGUCAUUGAGGAGGUGGUUACAGAUGCACAUCCCCAGAUUGGAAAGAUAAUGAAGAACCAGUACCCACACAUAAGGCAUAGCUUAGACAUGUGGCUUGGUGGUAAAAGUCUUGGAAAAAGGGUUGCUAAGGUUGCAAGCAUCAAAGGAAAUGAAGCACUUAUCCCUUGGGCAAAGGACAUUGUCAACCAUUUCUACCAUAGUGCAGAAAAUAGCAGAUGCAAUGUAACGGACAUGAAGACUAAAUGGGUGUCUAUACUCCAACAUACAGUCAACAACUACUCCUGGAGGCUUGGAGAAUGUGAUCAUGGCCCAAUUGAAGACAGAGAAAAUAAGCCUUGGCUCAUUUCAGGAUCCAAAAUUCAUACUGAGCUGCGCAAGCUCGUCUUUGACAAGAGAUUCCUGAGGAAGUUUGAUAAAUUUGUCACAUGCCAAACAACAUCUGAGUUGGAGUCUUUCAACAAUCACAUCCUUAUGUAUGCACCAAAAAGAAAUGCAUUCAGCUACCUUGUGUACCGGUGCCGCUGCCAACUGGCAGCAAUUGAUUACAACAAACACUUACAUCGCCAACAGAAAACAGACAAGGAAGGAAAACCUAGAUGGAAACGAGUGUAUUCCAAAGCAUCAAAGAACUGGUCUGUGCAACCAAUCAAAGAGUCGAAGGACUAUUUAUAUAUUUCUGAACUACAGGUUGCCAUUAUGGAGCGUUACCUCCGCAGGGAAUACCCAUUAUCUUCUAAGGUUAGGUUAUCUGUAGAUCACCCGAAAAGAAUAUCUAUUCAUAGCGCGCCAGUUGAGCCAUUACCUACAGCAGAGCUUGCAGAACGACAGAUCAAAAGAAUUAAAACAAAAUGAAGAAAAAAAACAUGGACAAAGAAAAUGAGUAGAUAUGCUAAAGAUAAUGAAUGAAAGGAUAUGUGUCUCACUUAAAAGCUAAGUUGCCAUAUGUGACACUGUUAUUUGGUAAUUUCAUUGUGUUUAUAUGAUAAGCAAGAUAAAUUUUCUUGUGAAAAUGUAAAAUAAUUAUCAUCAUUGGUGUGGAAUUAACUAAAUAUUUUGGUUUGGUAAAAUGAACAGCAUUACACUUUUUGAUGGACAAUGGUGUAUUUGUGGGGUGUGAUUCCAGAUGGACAAAAUGUGUAUAUAAGUAAUGUAAACAUUCAUAAACUAUGCAAAGGCACUCAUGAGAUGGUAAUGGAAUGUUGCAUGUUAUUAAAAGUAUUUUGAAUUUGUUGACCAAAAUCCAUUGAGAUACAAAAUUGUUUACUUCUUUCAGACCACACUAAAUUUGGUUCUACUAUUUUGCAAAAUCCCUUUUGUCUUAACCAGUCCUGAGCCACUGUUAAAUGAUGUUAUUUGAAUAAAAAGAACAUGUUCAAUUGAAAUAACUUUAAUUGAUUAAAAACAGAGAAAAA